CUUUCCCCAAGUCUCUCGUUCAGUUAAUACCCCUUCGCAUCCCGCUCGAAACCAAGAAAUAGAGGGAACCACUCCCAUCUAUCCAAAAUGCCCGCCGGAAUUUUCAACUCGACAUACUACGGAAAGGACUACCGCGCCGGUGCGGCCCUUCUGCGUGCUCGUCGGCCGUACCUGGUUAAGAAUGCGGUGACCGGGUUGGCGCUUUGUGGAAUCACGGUUGGUGUUUACGCUUACACCCUCCGCGCCGUCGGCCAGGAAGACUUCUCCGAUGUCCAGGUCCCCGAUACCCCCGCCGAGCCGAAGAAGCAAUGAUUGUAUUCGAACCUGCGUCUCUUUUCUAUGAAUGAAGCGAGUGUUAUUCGGAUAUUCUACGGGAUAAAUGGUGUAAUGGGGUAAAAAGGAGUAUAUGGGGACAAUUAUGCAUUCCUUUCCAUCAUUUUCAAUGGGAUUUUUUGUACGGAGAUACAAUAUCCAGGCUUCUACAUGUCGAUGUCGGGGUUAGGAAGUCAACACGAGCCGCUGCGCAGUGCUCAAGGGCCCUGGUAGCUUGGGGCAAGAAGAUGGCUCCAUACCUCGACUACGAGACACGAGACGAGAUACCUCCCGGCUCCUUUUUUGUUAUCUAGAUCUGUACAGUAUGUGUUAUUGAUAUCCUAUCAAUUUUUCUGUUCCCAGCUUGACUUGAGCUAUUACACUACGGGGGUCCCUCUACCUUAGCAACUCAUUAGACCUG